AUGACACGGUCUCUAACGAACCUGUUUUUGGAAUACUACGGGACGCAUAUCCUGAUGCAGAUAUGUACAUUGAACUUGAAGGACGAAGCCCGUGUUUUACCGUCUGCCCUUGAAAGCGGCCUAUGGGAAGACACCGACUGCUUUGAUGGCUUUAUUUUGAACCAAACAAUCCGGAUUCGUGUUAUUGCUGCUCCAUGCGAUAAUGUGUCGGGAGCAUGCUUACUCAUAGUAGAAUUCAAGGACUUGGAGUUGAUAUUUGAUGAUGUCGAUUCCUGGUUUGUUCACACUUGCGCAGGUAUGAUCUCCCAGAUGUGGCAGAAACAUCAGCCGGUAGAAGUUAUGACAAUGAAAGAGAAAUUUCUUCCAGGAUUUUCUCACCAGCUUCGAACUCCACUUCAGGGAACCCUGGGCUCCCUGCCUUCGCGGGAUCUAGGCGAGACUCCUAACCGACUACCACUCUCAUCGGAAUUACCCCAACAGCGCCCUUCCCUUGGACCUUCUAUUCACCUCAACACCAUCAGAACUGCGAGCCGAGACUUGAAUGCGAUAGCCAAUAACAUGAUUACCUUAAACCGCUGGGUUGACACCGCCAUGAGAGAUCGGUGUUAUCUCCCACACUCCAUUCAACAGGACCUAGCGGGUGAAGUGUUGAAGAUCUGUUUGGAUGACACACGCUAUAGGGCGUCGAUGGUCCUCUGUCACGACCUACCGCUGCAUUUCGACCGUCUUCGGAUUGGUCUUAGCCUGCUUUGCGACAGCCUGCCUCCGCUUGCGGUGAAUGCCACUCAAAACACGUUGGAGGGGACUGUUGUCGUAUCCGUGUUUAUACUGCCCGGGUACAUGUCACUUGCUGACACUGGCCGCGAAAUUCACCCCGAUCACCAUCAACGCAUUUUGGAGCCGUACGGGAAAGUCGGCAUACACUCGCCAGGUGCCGGUUUGGGCCUAACUCAAGCAACUGAAUUUACAACACUCCGUCACUGGUCCAUCGAAUUGAUACCAUCUAAAAUUGAUCGUGGUUCCCAUUUCAGAGCUACCUUCCGAGAAGUUGAAUACCUUUGCUCAAUUUCACCAGCACAGUCUGAGUUCUCACUAUUGAAAUUUUACCCUCCAAAUUGUACAACAUGGCAGUUGAUGCGAAAUAGCAAAUCGUUGUGCAACAUCUUUAUCAAAUACCUUACGCACGUUGGAUUCAAUAAUUCAAACACCAUAGAGGACAGAUUUGCCGUCCUCGACUUUGCGCCCUGCUUGGAGCAACACCGCGCGGAGUUAUUGCACCUUCCGUCUGAUCAAGUCGCCAUUUGUCUUGUUCCAGCCUCACCAAAGGCAACCUUGCAUUAA